AAAUCCAUCCGCCGUGUCCCUCCCUCCUCCCGUCACCUCAAAGCCUCACAAGCCCCCACCACCUUCUCGUUUUCUCUCCAAACGCCCGGCCAUGAGCUCCCGCGACAUCGCCACUGCCGGCGGCAUUUUCCACGUCUACGAGCACCUGCCGAUGACGGCUUCCACUGCGUGGGCACCCGCGGCAGGCGCCGACGCCGGCGGCGGCGGCCUAUUGUUGUCGUCCCCCGCGCCGAGCAAGAAGAGCGUCAAGGACCGGCACAGCAAGGUGAACGGCCGCGGGCGGCGCGUGCGCAUGCCGAUCGUGUGCGCGGCGCGCGUGUUCCAGCUGACGCGCGAGCUGGGGCUCAAGUCCGACGGCCAGACCAUCGAGUGGCUGCUGCGGCAGGCGGAGCCCUCCAUCGUCGCCGCCACGGGCUCCGGCACCACCCCCGCCGCCUUCGUCUCCUCCUCCGCGCCCUCCACCUCUUCCUCGUCACGUCACGGCACCCUCCUCGGCAAGCGCCCGCGCCAGGAUUUCGACGGCGCGUCGUCGGCGUUCUGGGCGUCGGCGCUGCCGCGGCAGGCGGACGCGUGGGGCUUCUCGCCGCUGGAGACCCAGGCGGCGGAGUCGUACAUGCCGAUGGCGCACCACCUCAACCUCGUCGCCGCGCUCUCCGGAGCCGCCAGGCGCGCCGAGGAGGAGACACGCUGACUGGCUCGAGAGCUGUUUGGCGCACGUCCUACGACGUAGUACGCGGCCAUUAGGGCGGUGUCCUGGUGUUUCUGGUUGUGUUUUUUUGGCAGUGUUCUUGAUUAAUCGGAGAGUAGCUAGGAGUGUGCUUCCCUGCGUGUUGAUCGUCGUGUGUUCUUCUGCAGUUUAAUUGGUGAAGAUUUGCUGUGGUACUAAGAACUAACUGUAAAUACGAGUCCUUUAGAUCUUGCGUUCCAGAUUUCCGGCCAGCUCCAUAAGUUAGUAACUGGGAGUACUACUGUAUAUGGAUAUUUGCUGUUUGCUGUAAGUAGAUUGUGUAAUGCGACUCCCCAAAAUGAACCUCGUCUGCAUGA